GUGCUUUGUCGUUCGGCCAUUCCCGUGAGUGAAUACAUUUUUUCUGUGAAGUGUUAAUUUUUAGAUUUUUUUCUGGAAAAAUAUCACAAUUGGUGCAUAUAUUUUGCACGAAAAACAAAAAUAAAUGUGUUAUUAUACUUUAUCUAAAUGUUGCGUCCUCAUUUGAGAUCUCCUAUUGCAUAAUUUGUGGAGUUUUUGAGGCGGUAAAUGUGUAAAGUGAUUUCUGUGAACGAAGAAGAAAAAUUCAUUUCCAUUUUUCUGUGAAGUGUGUGCGAGCGUGUGUAUGUGUACGUUUCGAAAUACUCGUGGCUUCAUGGCAAACUGAAAAAAUUUCGGAAAUUUCCUAAAAUUCGUGGAGUAAGCAUCGUCUUUUCUACCAAAUAAAAAUCCUUUAGAAAAAAAUUACACUGAAUAUUGUGUCGAAAAAUUCCGUCAAAUUGGUGAAAAUAUUUGUCAUUGUUUUGACAAAGAAAACAAAAAACCACAUCUGACUGACUUGGGAUACAAAUGUAGUGUAGUGUUAAGUGGCGUCGACGCAAAAAUUUCGUAGCAGCAGAAGUCGAAGUAGCAGCAUCAGAGAAAAGAAAGCGGCAGACACUGCACUGUUCAUUGUCAGUGAAAUAGCAGCAGCAAAAACGCGAAUUAAACGUCGUAAUAGUAGACGACCGCCAGCAUACCUGUACUUUUGAACGUAUGCCUGCCUGCCAAUAUUAUUGAAUAUUACACAUAGGAAAGAAAUUGAAAAUACAUAGAAAAACAAACAAACUAAUAAUACAAAAACAAACGAAAUUGUAUUCAAAAGUUAUGUUUUAAAUGUUGGCAGUAAUCCGGUCCAAUUGCUCUUAGUUUUCCUUCCCCGAAAUAUUCUUUGUUGGUAGCAUCUCUUUUGUUUACUUUCUGGUAAGCUUUUCCCACUUUCAUUUCAAUACCACAAGCACCAUGAGUGGCAUACCAAGUCCUUCACCUGCUCGCAUUAAUGGUGGCGACAGGGACAAGGAUUCUAUGUGGUAUUUUUCAUCCGAAGAAUUAGCCAAUUCUCCAAGCCGUAAAGCUGGAAUUUCACCAGAUCAAGAACUGUCCUACCGCCAGAUGACUGCGUAUCUUAUACAGGAAAUGGGUCAAAGACUUCAAGUCUCUCAAUUAUGCAUUAACACUGCCAUUGUGUAUAUGCAUCGUUUUUAUGCAUUUCAUUCUUUUACACAUUUUCAUCGGAACGGCAUUGCGGCAGCCAGUCUCUUUUUGGCCGCAAAGGUCGAAGAGCAACCACGCAAGUUGGAACACGUUAUAAAGGCAGCAAACAAGUGCCUCAAUCAGCCAACUACCUCCACCACAGAUACCUACUAUCUUGAGCAGGCCCAAGAUUUGGUAUUCAAUGAAAAUGUUUUACUACAGACAUUGGGCUUCGACGUUGCCAUCGAUCAUCCACACACUCAUGUUGUGAAAACAUGUCAAUUGGUUAAGGCUUGCAAGGAUUUGGCUCAAACUUCUUACUUUUUGGCCUCCAACAGUCUGCAUUUGACUUCGAUGUGCUUGCAAUACAAACCCUCGGUUGUGGCAUGUUUUUGCAUUUAUUUGGCUUGUAAAUGGUCGCGUUGGGAGAUUCCCCAAUCCACAGAGGGAAAACACUGGUUCCAUUAUGUGGAUGAGACGGUGACGAUGGAUCUACUAAAAAAAUUAACCGAUGAAUUUAUUGCCAUUUAUGAAAAGAGUCCGGCUCGCCUUAAAUCGAAAUUGAAUUCAAUUAAGGCACUGGCUCAAGGAGCCAGUAAUCGCCAGGGACAAGUUAAAGAUAAAAAGGCCGAUCAAGAUUGGAAGGUAUCGGACAUGAUGAAUAUGAAAAUGUAUCAUCCAGCUGAGACAGGAGUAAAUACAGGUAGCCAGUCCCAAUCAUCUUCGUCCCAGUACUCGAGUCAAGGAUCGGCCGCAGGCGAAGCGAUGUCGCAACAACAAAGUGGAAGUAUAUCACAACCCAUGUUACCACCGCCGCCUCACCAACCCCAACAAAUGCGCAAACCCGAUUUACAUUCAUCCAGUCAACACCGUUCUCACCACAGUUCUUCAUCAUCCUCGUCUUCACAUCAUCCCGCCAAAAUCGGCUAUUCACCUGGCGAUGUACCCGACCACAAGCUUAGUUCCGGACACAGCAAGCAGCAGCAACAAUCAGCACAGCCUUACGGUGGCAGCAAUAUGGUCCCUAGUAGACCACCUCGCGAGCACACCUCAUCGAUGAUGGCACCCUCAUCCAAUAAAUCAUCCAGCUCCUCUUCUAGGUCGUCGAUGUCGAAUAGCCUGCCAGGUGGUCCACCCCUAAGACAGUCUUCAUCACAGGGUCAUCCCAUGGAGGUUAAUUACCACAAGUCAAGAGAGCGUAACAUGGCAGUGCCACCACCAUCAUCGGGUCACAACAUGCCGCCGCAUGUUAUCCCACAUAAACUGCCUCAAAAACAAGACGGAAGCCGUUCGAUGUCCUCCAAAGAUCAUUCAGGUCGCUUGGUUGCAGAUCAAGCUAAUAAACAAAGUAACAGCAACAGUAGCAGUAACAAAAUGUUUCCAUCUUCAGUGUCUUCGCAAUAUGGUGGCAACAAUUUACAAUUGCCGCCAGGAAACAGUAGUAGCAGUCAAUUAUCGUCUAAACUUGAUACAAUGCAUGAUAUAACACGUAACUUAAUGCAUACAUCGCGAAGUGGUUAUAACAAUCCUCCACCUCCUCCAUCUGCCACAAACGGUCCUGCAGCACCUCUACUCAACUUUCAUCAACAGCAACAGCAGGGAUCACGCCACGGUAGUAGUAAUAGCAGCAAUAACAAUAAUAAUAGCAGUCUUAAGCAUGAACAAUCCAAACAACAAAUUUCCGUCCAUAUGCAACAACAGUCGCAAAAUGCGUCCCACCACCACAAACAGCCACAACCACUACCUGCAGAUCAAUCGUAUGGCAGUUUAAGUGGAGCUCAUGAUCUGCAACAACAGUCACACGUCGCCUCCUCUCUUAUUAGCAAUAAUUAUAGUAAAAUUGAACCUCUACAUCAUUCCGAAGAACCCCCACAACAUCCUGCAAACCAAUACCAUCAACAACAACAAGCUCAACAUGCGCCCAAAGCUGUCAAUUCAUUGUUUAGCCCUGAAUGGAAUGAUAAGCCGCAAGGGCAACAACAGGAGCAACAAAUUGUCCAACAGGUGCAACCACCACCGGUACCGGGCGGCGGUCUUAACAACUACAUGAAUAGUUCCGGAAAUUUGACACAAAAUCCUGAGGCUUAUGCAGCCAGCGGCUAUAAAAUACCUUCUAGCUCCAUAAGUAAUAAGGAAAGUAGUCCUCCAAAGAUAAAAAGCGAACGAGACACUCCUUCCAAGAAGGAAAAGAAUCGCUCUAAUUCGUCUAAUCAAGAUAACGGACGGUCGGCUGUUGGUCAUGCCUCAACGCAGCAACAGCAACAAAUUCCUAAAACUACAAUUCCCAAAAAACUUGAUUCGUCAUUAUCAAAUUCAUUAACAGGCCUUAACGAACUUGCUGGUACAAGUAAUAUGGGUACGAUUGGCGGUAUUAAACGUCCCAACGAAACGGUCACCAUUAAGCAAGAAGACGAUUUAUUAAUGCGUGACAGCAAAAUACGAAAGAUUGAUACGACUGCCGGCAAUGACAAUGGUAAGCAUCAGGUUGUGAACGGCAUAGAAACCAAUCCAGAUCUAGUACGAAAUCUGUUAAAGGAGAGUCUAUGUAGCACACCUUCCAUUGUCACACCAAGUUUACAGCCACCUGCCGAAUUGUUUGAACCCUCUGCCACUACCUCAUCAACAAGUCAACAUAACACCUCUAUAACAUCGAUUAGCAAUAAUGUUCUGUCCGGCAAUUCCGAUGUUUCCGCCAUGGAGACCGAUGAUCAUGGCACGUCGGGUAGUAAGUCGGAAAAGAAGAAGAAAAAGGACAAACAUAAACACAAAGAAAAGGACAAGUCGAAAGAUCGGGAAGAAAGAAAGAAACACAAAAAAGAUAAAGACCGCCAUAAAGAUAAGGAGCGUGAUCGGGACAACAACGACAACGCAAAUUCAAGUGCUGCUGGAGUUGCGGAACACGUUAAAAUAAAAAUUUCUAAAGAAAAGCUGGAGGCUGCUGGAGAACCAAUUGGGUUUAAAAUAAAAAUACCUAAAGAUCGUAUAAUGGGAGAUCUUAAUACAGGUUCUUCCGGCCAAACAAAUACAGAUUCAGCUCCAUCGCAUGCUCCUCCGGUUUUAAAAAUCAAAAUAUCCAAGGAUAAACUGGAGAGCUAUAGCAGUGGCUCAACAGACAUGGGCGGCGGUUUGGCAGCGACAACGCAUCCAUCAUAUGCCCAUAACCAAUCUAUGGCAUAUUCUUCUUACGGCGCCGCAGGAUCACACUCCAACCUCUCAACAACGACGCAUAGUAGCAGCAGCAGUAGCAAGAAAAAAGAUCGCGACCGCGAAAAGGACCGCGAGAGAGACAAGGAUAAGAAACGCAAUCACGAUUCUUCUUCGAAAUCAAACGGUGGUGGUAGCAGCAGUUUAAUGACUGCCGGAGUAGUUGCUUCAAAUGCAACAAAUGGUUCAAUUGCUGGACAAAACCACUCUAACUCUAAUAACAGUGGCAGUAGUACAACACAAAAAGCGCAAUAUUCCAGCAAGUUUUAAGUGUAACAGUUUUGAAAAAGGAUUAAAAACUUGUUUCUCGAACAGCUCUCUUUCUCUGUCACUAACUCUUAUUCACACACGAACACACUCAGUGAGUGUCCUUGAUAUUUAAAUAGAAACUACUAUUAUAUGUAGAGAAAAUCAAAUAUAAGAGAGAAAGAUUUUCGUAUCCAAACACUAGCUAUGCACCGAUGAACCAAAUUAACGCCAGAGAUUAAACAUGCAUAAAUGUUAUAAGAAGCAACGGUAUCCACUAUAUACAUACAUAUAUAUUCGUAUAACGGAAUAUAUAUAUAUAUAUAAAUACUCGUGAAUACAUUCAUACUAAAAUAAAUAUUUAUACAUAUAUUUAUUUAAUAAUAAUAUUUUAAAGGAAUACAAAUACUUUUAAGCAAAAACAUACAUAAUUUUGAAACAAACAUAGUUAAACAAACAAGUGUUAAAAAUUACAUAUUACAUACUUAAGACAUACAUAUUUAAAAUUUACUAUUGAAAUUGUUAAACAUGAUAAUGAUGCAAGAAAAAUAAAUAAAAGCAAAAACAGAAAGAAGUCUUUGUUAAAUAAAUUAGUAGCCAUUAAUGAAAAUAUAAAAUGGUAUAAACACAAAUUUGAAACGUUAAAUGUAUUUGUUGCACACACACAAAGUUAAUGUUAAACCUUUUUUAUUUUCAACAUCGGGUUUAGAAAGAAAACUUAAUCUAAGCCAUAAUAAAAAACUUACUUCAACACAGAAUAUUAAGAGUGAAAAAAAAAAAUAAAAAGUUAAAAUAAUAUAAGCAACAACAAAUAACAUCUUAAAAAAAAUCAUAAUAUAAAAAAUAAAAA